CAUAAAAGUAGUGUCGAAAUAGUGCUGGGACAGUGUGCUGGGCUUAGCAGGCAAGCAGCAGCCACCAUGCAGGUGCAAACCAAGCACUACCCCAAGAACUGCCUGCUGACUGUCAUGGACUGCUACUCAGCCAUGGUGCGCAACAUGGAGCAGGUGGUGAUGAUCCCCAGCCUCCUGCGGGACAUGCAGCUGAAUGGGCAGGGGCAGCAGGCUCAGGAUGGGCCCCCCGAUCUCUAUAACUGCUUCACCAUGCUCAAGGCCAUCCGCGUGGAUGUGGACCAUGGGCUACUGCCCCGAGAGGACUGGUGGUCCAAGGUGGCAGGUGGGAGAGCCCACGGGGCCGAGCAUGAAGCUGCAGAGACAGAGGACAAGGAGGAAAGAGUGUUGGGGCAGCUGGACCUGGAAGCUCAGUUCCACCUGCACUUUUCCAGCCUUCAUCACAUCCUCACCCACCUUACCCUGAAAGCUGAGGAGGUGACAAGGAAAUACCAGGAGAUAAUGGGACAGGCCAUGUAGGCUUUGGACUCUAGGGAAGAUCCCUUUAAGUGACAGAAGGCAGACUGUGUGGUGAGGACAUGAACAGCUCACUAGCUCUGAGGCAAACUGGAAUGGCCUGGAACUGCAGCUGGAAGCAGAGGCGACUUGGUUCUCUGGGAUGCUUCCCUGCCUCCCUCGGAGCGCCAGUUUGUGGACUUGGCACCAGGUCACCUUUAGGAUGCUUGUUGCUAUUCACGACUCCCCUCAUGCCUCUCUCCAACUGCGGUGGUGGCCAGGGACUCAUGAGGAGCUAGAUAUUAUGUGCCGCUGUGGUAUGGCAGAAUGCGGGUUUUCUGCAUCUGACGAAAUGAAACUCACAUCCUUUCUCCCUGCAGUCAUUCAGCACGUGAUCCUGGACGUUAUUUAACACAUUGGAGCCUAAAAUUCCUCAUCUCUAAAAUGGGAUAGUAUUACUGACCUCACGAUUGUUACGGAAAUUAAACAAUUCUUUCUCCCACCCUCACCUUGUACUUGGUCGAGCCCUUACUUUUUACCCUCCAGAACUCAGGGACAGCAAAGUCCCUUGGGAUGAAUGGUUCACACUCUUGUACCUGCCAAGCAUGAAUGAACAACAGUUCGUUUAUAUUUGUUGGAGUAGCAAUAAAAAAAAAAUAAAAACUUGUAUUUAU